GUCAAGAAUCGAAAUGACAUUCCGAUUUCGAUGAAAUGUCUGUGUCGAAUAUCCUUUAAAAAAUUCAACUACUAUUAUGGCGAGGGGACAACAGAAAGUUCAAUCUCAACAAAAGGCUGCCGAAAAAGCAGCAAAGCUGAAGAAGGGACAUAACGCCAAUGAUCAGAAAAAAGCUGCACAGAAAGCCCUCCAGCACAUUUGCAGCAUCUGCAAAGCUCAAAUGCCCGAUCCGAAAACCUAUAAACAACAUUUCGAGAAUAAGCAUCCCAAAAUGGAGAUGCCUGAAUUUUUGAAAGAUUUUUGAAAGCUAUGUGCAGUUCAAUAAAUGUGUUUGGUGUUUUA